AUGUCUUCUGAAUUGAAUGAUAAAUUGCCUGAUAUAUUAAAAGAUGCUGUUCUUGCUGACUCUGUCCAAGUCCCCGAAGAUGCGGUUAUAGUCAAAGGUAUCGAUUAUUCCAACUCAAAUGCCACAAAUAUGAGAGCCACAGACUUAGUCAAAUCAAUGAAAACUAUGGGUUUUCAAGCAUCUGCUUUGGGUGAGGCAUGCGAAAUUAUUGAUCACAUGAGAAGAUGGAGAGGUAAACAUAUUGAUGAUUUAGAAGAACAUGACAGAAAGGGCUCUUUUGAUGAAAAGGGUUACCAAAAAACUACCAUAUUUAUGGGUUACACUUCUAACUUAAUCUCUUCUGGUUUACGUGAAACAUUGUGUUAUUUGGCAAAAAAUAAAAUGAUUGAUGCUUUUGUCACUACUGCAGGUGGUGUCGAGGAAGAUUUGAUCAAAUGCUUGGCACCAACGUAUAUGGGGGAUUUUACCUUAAAGGGUAAGGACUUGCGUGAAAAGGGUUUAAAUCGUAUUGGUAAUAUGUUAGUUCCAAAUGAUAAUUAUUGUAAGUUUGAAAAUUGGAUUGUCCCAAUUUUGGAUAAAAUGUUGGAAGAACAAGAGGAAUACGUUGAAAAAAAUGGCAAAGAUUGUUUAGAUGCCAACCAAGACCCCGAUUCUCCAAUUUGGACUCCAUCUAAAAUGAUUCGUCGUUUUGGUAAGGAAAUUAAUGACGAAUCGUCUGUUUUGUAUUGGUGUUACAAAAAUGAUAUUCCAAUUUUCUGUCCUGCAAUCACUGAUGGUUCCAUUGGUGAUAUGUUGUUUUUCCAUACCUUUAAAGCUUCUCCAAAACAAUUGAGGGUAGAUUUAGUCAGUGAUAUUCGUAAAGUUAACACCAUGUCCAUGGAAGCUACCAAAGCUGGUAUGUUAAUCUUGGGUGGUGGUGUAGUCAAGCAUCAUAUUGCUAAUGCUUGCUUAAUGAGAAAUGGUGCUGAUUGGGCUGUUUAUAUUAAUACUGCUCAAGAAUUUGAUGGUUCAGAUGCUGGGGCUAGACCAGAUGAAGCUAUUUCUUGGGGUAAGAUUAAAGCUGAAGCUGAAACUGUUAAAUUGUACUGUGAGGCUACUGCUGUUUUCCCAUUGAUUGUUGCUGCUACUUUUGCUAGUGGAAAUUGA